AGACGCGCUGCCAUGCCACAGCAUUGUCUCGUCAACGCCUGCCUGUCCAGGUGAGGCCUCAGGAAGGUCACUGCAACAUCCCUAAAACUAACAGAGAACAUCUCUGCUGCCAGCAAGAGGAAUGGACUUUGUGCUGCCUCCUGGUCACAGUCCUGGACUUUGCUGUCUCAAAAACCCCACCCCUUCUUCGCAGUCUCGCUGGUUGACGGCAGAGGAGAGGAACCAAGUUUUACUUGAUCUCAAAGCUUCAGGCUGGUCUGAGUUAGGCGAAAGAGAUGCCAUCUACAAGGAGUUCAAUUUCAAAAAUUUUAAUCAGGCUUUCGGAUUUAUGACACGUGUUGCUCUACAAGCAGAGAAGAUGAAUCACCACCCAGAAUGGUUUAAUGUCUACAGCAAGGUUCAGAUAACUCUGAUUUCCCACGACUGUGGUGGACUGACUAAGAGAGAUGUGAAGCUGGCUCAGUUUAUUGACAAAGCUGCUGCCUCAGUGUAACCAAUAUGUAAAACGCUUUAAUACAGUGUCCACUAAUAUUUUGUAUUUUAAUGUUAUCCCUCAUUCCUUGUAACCCUGAUUUCACAAAACCCCUGAGACAAGAUAUAGCGUAAAAAGAGUGACUUAGCUUUGUUGGCCUUUAAGACCUUAGUCUUGAGACCCCUCUGGAUGCCUGUGCUUGUCCUUUGCCAUCACUGUCUCUGCGUGAGGAUGCAGCAGAUAAACCAGCAACAAAUAAGUUUUGAACAAUGCUCUUCUAGAAACUAAAACAAGCUGGAAUGAAAGCUGGAGCCCACCCGCACAUGUCGGUGUUCCCCAAGCCCAUGGGAGCUGAGGCUGGUGGCAGCUGCCACGGGAGCCUGCCCCGUGCUGGGCCGCUUCCCUCCUAUAGAUUUGUACAUCUGUACACCUCUGCUCUUCAAACAGCGUUAAGAACAGCCAGGCUGGGUCGGUCCCCUCUGCCUUGGUGCCUGCAUCUCGGCCAGUGACCAGUGGCAAGUGCAAGAAAUGCUGGUGGGAGCAGUGCAAGCUGCUGCUGUUGUUUCCUUGGGAGUUGCAGCUCAAUUAGCAGUUACAGCUUUGCAUUUCAGUGAUUAUUCUGUGCUUGUCUAGUGGCUCGUUGAACCCAUCUGCCCUUUUGGCACCCACAACCUAGCAGCUCUAUCCAGCAAAAGUGUUGCUGCGUGCUUGAGAACGGUUCCCCGUCUGAGAUGCAGGACUGGAUCCUGCCGUUGCUGAAAACUUCAGCUCUGGUCCAGCGAAUACAAAAAAAAACCCCAGUGAGCUCCCAGCACUCACAUCAUUAAACAAAGCAUGUGCUUAAGUGCUCGGCUGGGCUGGGUCAGUGCUCAGCACCUUGCAGGAUUGAGCCAUUAUUUGUGUUGUAACGCUCCCGUACCUGCCGGAUCGGGGGGGGUAGCUUGGCCGGGCGCCCAAAGCACCGGCCAGAGCUGCCGGCGGUGAAGGAAGCGGCAUUAGCAGGAUUCUUGCUAAGCUGGGCUCGGCUGAAGCUAUGCUCACCUUUUUUUUUCUGUAGCUACAAUUACUCAUUGCGAACAUUGUUCCAAGAGCUGCAGAUCCCACUGACGAGGUUUGAAAUAAUUUCUUCCGUGGUUUCAGAGUCUUUGUUUUUAUCCUGUGAUCCUCACCGAGACAGAUUUCCACUGCCGGCAGGGAGAUUUCAACCUGCUUAAGGCUUGUAGGAGGGCCUCUCGCUCUGCAAUCCCGCUGCCGAGUGUCCCCAACGUGCACCGUCAUGCCCUGCAAGCAGCUCUGGGUGCGGAGAUUGACACCUCCGAAAUGCCUGAGUGCAUUGCUCGAAUGACACUGGCGGCAUAGCUACCAGCUACCGAGAAGUGAGAUACGUACUGAGCGCCAAAAUCCAUCUCGGAUGUAUAUGUGAGGUGUGUGGUCUCUCAGAUAUUUGGGAUGCAAAAUGCCACUAGCUGCCAUGCAAGUAUUCACAUCGAUAAAAUAAGAAAGGUAUUUUUUGUUAAUCCUUAGCAAGUGCACUGUCAUGUGCUAAUUGGUCGCAGGAAACAAGAUAAGAUGUUGGGGUUUAUUGUCGGUAACAGUACUUGGAAUAUCAAGUUAAUAUGUAAAAAGACCCAAAUUCAGACUAUGUGCUCAAAUGUUCUUUGCUUACAAGUGCCUUUCCCCAGCGAAGCGGUGGAUUUCCCUGAUACGGUUUGAAAAUGGUCACUGUUGUGAGGCAUGAAUAAAACUAAAACAAACAACCAGGCUGUGAUGUCUCCUGUUACUGGUGGGGAAAUGAAAUGAGCUUCACCCAAAGUUUUGACAAUGUCUCUAAUGAACUGUGAAAACACUGUUGUUAGAAAUUGAUAUAUCAUGCAUGCACUUUGAAUAAAACCAAUAAAAUCAAA